UUGCAUCUUCCGGUUUUCUUUCCUCUCGAAGCGGUGCGUGUGCGUGUGCAAGACUCUGAAGGGAGGUGAAUGGCGCUGAAAGGAGAUGGCGCGUGUUCUGUUGGAUCCCGGGAUCUUCUUUCUGUGGGAGUUGGAGGAGGUUUUCAUGAGACAUUGUUGCUGAAUUCAAAACAUGCUAAGAAGGCGGCCAUGAGGUUACAGACCGUUAAGGUGCCAAGGAGCAACCUUUUGGAUAGGGUACAGAACUUUCUGCCACAGAUGGCCAAUGCAAAUAACGAACUAAGAAGAGAAAUGGAAAGCGCUCCAGUUCAAGAGUUUGAUAUUGAACAUGUAGAUGCUUCGACUGAAAAUGUUAUUGAAAUGAAUGUAGCUCUGGUUGAAUUGAAUGGUUCUGAUACAGAGGAAGAGGAUGCAGUCUCAGAAGAUGACUCGGAAUGUGAGGACAGCUCUGCCUGUGAAGAAGUCACUGAGGACAACAUCAGACUUCCUAAACCAAAAGGGGAAGGCAGAAUAGAAAUUGUGGACAGUAAAACCAAUGAGUAGAUUUAUUUUUAAAAAAAUAUACCCUUCCUUUUGGAAAGCUAGUUUGUUUCAGGUUGUAUUGCCUGCAGACUAUCUUACUAUCUGCACAAAUUGCUGAGAGGCAUGUAAGAGUUCUUGGCUGGUCCAAAUCCAAAGGUGGAAGUGAAAAAGAAAGCACUGUUUUCUUCAGGUCAGCAUAGAAUGUAACAUUAGAUUGGAAAGAGAAGUGACUUAAGCCAGGUAUUAUUCUUGAGAACCAAUUGUUGGGAAUUUCAGUUGAGCCAGUUCCUAGAUUAUGGAUUAUUUGGGAAUGCUUCCUAAAUGUGUGAGAACUGUUCUACUGAUUAGGUGGAGUUGUGAUGGCCGCACCAACCACUGCCCUAAAUAUGCACCUGGGAUGAUCCCUGUGGUGAGUAGUUCUUGCAUGUUAUGGCUAAUGCUGUGCAGAAGCACUUUUGGCAACUUCAAUGUGGGGUAGGUAUAACAUAGGAGCUGGUCCUGGGACUGCUAAAAGGGAGAGAGAGAGAACUCUACAAGGGGGGUUAGUCUUCUGGGUAAGAAGCAGCGGCUGGGAUGAAUUCAAAAUGUCUGUUCUCUCUGCAAGAGCAUGAGAGAUGACUUUGAAAGUUUAGCCUAUGUUUCUGAUUAUCUGAGCAUUUGUGCUUUUUUUUUUAAUAAGGGCAAGAAACUGCCUACAUUUAUUCUGUUCAGUUCUUAAUCUGAAUUCUAAAAUAUGUAGAGUAUUUGGGUAGUAUCUAAUCUAGCAGUCAUAUGAAUUUGGGAUUAAAGAAAUAACUAUCUUUUUUUUUGCUAAGAUGCCUUCCAUUUUCUUCAGUAUGAAAUUUCCAGACUGAUCAGAGAUAAUGUUUUGGUCUUAAGAUAAUUUUCUGAACAAUUGUUAAAAAGGUCUCAGUUGAUUAGAGUCCAACUUCUGUUGCAGAACUUUCAACCAGUUCUUAUUUGGCAAUAGUAGAUUUCGACAAAACAUUGUGUAGGAAAGACCAAAUAGACUGAAAUAUUGUGGAAAUGUCAGCUGUUCCCCCAAAUAUUCCAGUUGAAAUGACUUGGGAGUGUACAAGAAGGCAUAAGCCAAAUCUCUUUAAGUUCUGAUGAUCAUGUGUAAAAAUGGGGCAGUUUGGAAAAACCAUUGUAGUGCGGUGCCAGCUGUCUCCUGUUGCUCCAAAGCAGGGGUUUUCAGCUUUUAAAAAAACUGUACCCUUCCCUCUCAAAGCUUCGGCUCAAGUACCUCACACUUAAAUGUUACAGUUUUGAGAGAUUACUACAGUCGUUGACUCAAAUCAGAGUAUGUUACUCAUAUGUACUCCAUUUGGGAAGGAGAUGGGCUGCAGAGUGAGGGCAUAUAGGGGGUCCCUGGGCAUAUGCCACCCACCCUUCCUUUAAAUCCAACCCUGUGUUCCACAUACCCUCCACAGGGCUUUGAAGUACCCUUUGAAGGGUUCAUGUACCCCAGUUGAAAACCCCUGCUCUAAAGGGUUGGAGGAGGCAGCCAGCCCAAUGCUUGCUUGAGCUAGAAAGAACAGCGGAGGGAGGGGAACCUGGCUGGCAGGAAGAGAGGGAAGUGUGACUGCAGAAAUAUUUUCCAGAUUGUACAGUACUGAAUAACAAAUUCAGACACAAAAUUAAUUGGAUAUUGGCAUUCACACCUAUGCAGAUUAUAUAUUCUUCAUUGGCAAGUUGGUUCUAAAACAUUUACCAUAGCUUUUAUAUGCAUAGUUUAACACAGAUUUUGAGCUCUUUCUGUCAUACAAAAUCUUAAUAAGUGCACUUCCUUGAAUUAUAUACAGUGUUUAUGGCCAGCUGGAUUUCUGUGCUGCUUAAUAUGCUGAAUUUACAGGAAGGAAAGAACUUAAUGCUGGUGUAGUCCACAUUUUUAGAAAUCCCAUCCUAUUUUGCUUCUUCAGGGAAACAAGGAAUAUAGUAUGUAGCUUCUCUCUUAGGGGACCAGAGAUUUCAGUAUGCUGAUAUGGAGGUACUUAUCCCACCACUGGAUGUUUGGUAGUCUUGUAGGUGAGCAUUUAGGUUAACUGCAGUGAAUGGUGGAGAUAACAAAACAAAAGGGACUACAGAAGAGGAGAAGAUACUUCACAGUGCAGUCUGAUUCACAAAUGAUCCUAACAAAUACAAGAUUCCACUGAUGGAUCCACAUACGUAUCUGGCAAUAAGUGGCGCAGCGGGAGGAGAUGUCUCAUUUCUGCUGUAAAUGCUACUCUUCCUUUGCUGGUUGGCAUCAAUGCCAGUAGAGUUCUGUCACACUUCUGCUGUUUGUGCUUCUGUAGUCUUGCCUUGAGUUUAAGGAAGUAUUUUAAAGUUGAAUCUGUUAGCAAUGGAAUUGCUUUGCCACAUAAGCUGAGAUGCUUAAUACUCCACUGUUACAGCUUUUGUUCUGAGAUACUCAUGAAGUGCUUCUUCACCUAAGAAGAAGAAAAGGAGGGGGGGGAUGUUAAACGGUUGUAGCUUGGACUCCCCCCACCACCAAUAAUCUUCCUCCCCUGCAAAAUCAAAUCUGCUUUCUCAUUUCCAUAUAUACUUGGCUGCACUGAAAUGGGCACUGCAGAAUCAGAUCUAUCCAAGCAAUAGCUUUCAAACUUUCUACCUUCAGAAAAAAGGAAUGUGUAUUGUAGAAGAUUCUGGGGCACGUUCUAGGAUGCAUGCUUAUUUCAUAUAGGUUAUUACCUAGGUCACUUGGGCUUCACUCACCAUCACCCUGUAUGAACUAAGAUGGUACCCAAAAACACAUCUAGUAUUUUCUGCAACUGUACAUUUCAGGGUAAGGUCAGUAGUGGUGGGCAAGCUGAAUUUGCAGAAGCUUCCCUAUUUCUAUUGAGUUUCCCUGCAACAAAGUUUUAAACAUGCAUGCCCAGGAAAGCAACUCUAGAAGAAAAGCUAACCUGCAAACGUCUGAAUGUACUCUUCAUUUUACAAAGUAAAAAGCCUUUUUGGAUAUUCACCAAGUAAGACAACUUACCUAAAUCUUUUCCAAAGCCAGACUGUUUAAAUCCACCAAAUGGAGCUGCCACAUCAGUUUUGUUGUAAGUGUUGAUAAACACUGUUCCAGCUUCUAGUUUGUCACUGAUAUAGAGAGCUUUGCUUAUGUCUUUAGUGAAAACUCCUGAAGCCAAGCCAUAUUCUGUACUGUUGGCUCGUUCUAAAACACCAUCAAUAUCCCUACAAUUAGAGAAUUGUUUAGGCAACAUAGAGACUGUACCACAGACCCUCAUCUAGCUAUUCAUGUUCCUUUUCAUUAACAGAUUCUCUAUACUAUUUUUUUCUGGCUUCCUUUUAUUAUGUUUUAGUGGCUAGGUUAGAAUGCUGCCUUUGCUACUAGAUCAUCCACUGGGGGGCAGCCUGUGAAUGUAGCAGUGACCCAGCGUCACUUUCUGUAAUAACAGCUAGUUCAUCUCACAUACGUUAACAUCUUUAUGCAUAAUACAACAGAAUAACAGUAUUAAUUAACCAACCAGAUCAGGACCUACCCAUCUUUGAACUUGGAAAUAACCAUUACAGGACCAAAAGAUUCUUCACGUGCAACAUACAUAUGGUCUUCAACAUCUGUCAAUAUGGUAGGUUCCAUGAAGAAACCUGAUCAAAGAGAAGGCAGAUAGUGCAUCACGCAUGGAGUCUUGACAUUCUCAGGCAUUUCAGUCUUGGUACAACUGUGAUCAGGGGCGUAACUAUAAUAGGGCAAGGGGAGACAGUUGUCUGGGGGCCCACUGGCUUAGGGGCCCCCCCAGAGGCAAGUCACAUGACUGACUCCCCCAGCCGCGCACCCGUCCGGGCUUCCUUCAGUUGUAUUCAUCCUCCAAAAUGGAUGUGAGUGUUAAGACCUGGAGCUACCAGAACAGCAUGUCUUUCUCUAGUACCGUUAAAUGUCUUGCAUCGUCCACAAUUUACAAAACUUAAAAAAAAAUAAUUUAGGAUGAUGUUCUAUUGUGGCACAUAGGAGAUAGAUAGAUGCUUUUUGUUACCACUAUUCAGCCUCAUUUAAGAUUUCUUUACUUCAUGAGCUGAGCUUCGGGGGGUGGGGGCAUUUUAAAAUCUUGUCUCUGGGCCCACUCCAACCUUGCUACACCCCUGACUGUGAUGCUAUGAAGCAUACUUCUUCCCCAGUGGAGAGGCCAGCCAAAAGCCUCUGGGUGCCUGCACAUUGACUCUCACUGAAUUUUCUCUUGAAUUUGGAGAGUUUCCUCUUCUCAUUGUUCUGUUCAUAUGGACAUGUAUGACAUAGCAUAACAAAUGCCCCCCCCCCCCCCGGCACUCUCCUUGUAUAGUGCUAUAUGUCCCCCUCAUAAUAGCUUACAACACUCUUCCAUGCUUUUUCUGCUGCAUUCUCCUCUUUUUCAAAUCAAUAGAGGGUGAAGGGAGUGGUGAAUGGAGGGUUAGUAGAAGGGCAGCACCCCAGCUAAUCUGCCAUCUAAGGUGUCUGUCUCAGGAAAGGCUGUGGGAGUUCAUAUAGUGAUAUGAGAAGCUACCUUAUGAAUAGCUUAUUUAGGAUUUUAACAUUUACUGCAGUGGUUGAUUACCCAAUUUAUUAUUUUUUCAUACAUGUCCAUAUGAACAGAACAGUUUGGAAGUGAAGAAAGAAAUUUUGCGGUUGUGCUCUGCAAACUUGUGCUAACACUAGCAGAAGAGAAACCAUCCAAAUUCAGUGAGAACCAAUGUGCUGUAGUGACCAGGGAGAUCUGAGUUUAAAUCUCCGUUCUGCCAUGAAGCUCACUGGUGACUGGGCCAGUCACUUAUCUCUCAGCCUAACUUGCCUCAGAGGAGUUGUGAGCAUAAACAUUACUGUGUACUCUGUUCUGGGCUCCUUGGAGGAACAUCGGGAUAUAAGUGUAGGUACACAAAAUAAAUGUCGUGCAAGAGAUUCGCUGUUUGCACAUAUAUAUGCUUGUGCAAAAGGCUGUGCAAGGAAUUCCCAAUUUAAUUAGAUAAUCUUUGUUACAGUCACUACAAAAUUUGAUUAUAUAUGGGGUUGGACAAGGAAUUCCACAUUUAAAUAUGGGGUUGGGCAACAAAUUAUACAUAGGUUGCACUAGUGCAGGAACUAGCCUGCAACAGGUGAAUUCCUUCAUGCAAAGACUAUGUACCAUGUCCUUAGGCUAAUGCAACAGCAUUAGCAUAAACUAGUGCAAGACUAACCUGGAUGCUACCUAUUAUUUCUUUAAGAUGACAAGCACAUAUACUGCAGUAGUCACCAUCUUAGGGAGAGGCAAAGUAUUCUUCUAAAUGGUCACCUGCCUCAGUCAGUAUUUGUAAAUGCUUGUAUUAAAAAUAAUUAAAUUAUUGUGGCCAAGCAGGAGCAUAUUUAUUGACAGACUGAUUGAACUGAUGAAUCAACUAAACAAUAUAGGUCUGUUUCAGAUUUUAGUUUACCUGGUCUACAUACUUGUCUCCCUCCAUACACUAGUGUAGCUCCCUCUUUCACUCCAGUUUCACAGUACUCCAGAAGCUUUUCCAAAUGUGCCUUAUGGUUUUGUGGCCCGUGGUCUGUGGAUCUGUCAAGUGGGUCGCCAAUUUUCAUCUUUUUGGUUUCUUCCACCUUAGAGGUUAUCCAACGAAAGGAAAAAGUUUAGUAUACAAGACACUGGCAGAUUGGGGCAAUAAUGGCAUAACCUUAUCCAAAGCAGUAGUGCAUUCAUGGUGGUUAACAGUACUUGACAGUUGUCCCUCUAUCUGUUCCACUUGCUGCUUAGCUCCCAUAUGAAGGAACAGCAGCAAAUGUUCCUCGCUUUGAAGCUAAAGAGCAAGCCUUUGAAUGGGCUAGCCAUGCCUCCUGCCCACACUUGGGAAAACUGCAUGAGCUGCUAGUGUGUUCUAGUUGUGCCACACUCUGGCUGGAGGAUAACACUAACUCAGCAGGUGGAUUUGCAUUGCCAAUUGCUUCCUUGCCCCAGCACUCUGUGGUCAGCAAUCCAUUCCAUAAGCCACUGUUGCAGGAAGGUGGGAUGACACAGAAUUGCACUGGGAACGACUUAGAAUGAGGUUUAUAUCAAUAUAAUGUUGGAGAGGUUGGACUGCGAGCCAAAAUUGUAUGGUUUUCCUUUCCUGACAGGUGUCCUACUUAAGCAGCUUAUGUUUGGUGGUCUUUUCAAAAUAUUUAGUUUAAACAAUUAUGUUCACUGUGUAAUCCUUAACUGACACUGUGCAUUAUGAUGUAAUAUUCUGUGUGUGGGAUGGUGACCCACAGGGUUUGGUUUCCUGAAGCAUGGAUGUAUCUGUCUGCUUGCUAUGCCAUAUUUCACUGGUGUAUAGAUCCACAUGAUCUUGUAGAAAUCUUUGCUGGAGAUAAACAAAGAAGCAAAAGCAGUAGCAGCCUCAGUAGACCCUGACCCUGUCCCUCCUUACCACAGCCCUGAGCUCCCAUUGUACCCUCAGUGUUACACUUGGUAAAUGCACAUACAGACACUUUCAAAUUAGAUGUCAUUUUUCAAAAAGAGUCAAGUCACUUGGAAAAAAUUUACCACUUCAGAAGGACAGUGAAAACCAAAUACAAUGAAAAUGUGGCUUAGCCCUAAUUAUAAUAGAGACAAAGGAAUGGACACAAUGCAGUGGAAAGGCUGCUGGACAAGAACUGGGGAGACCCAGGUUCAAAUCCUCAUUCAGACAUGAAGCUCACUGGGUGAUCUUGAGUCAGCCACUAUCUCUCAACUAACCUUGCAGGGUAGUUGUGAGAACAGAAUGGGGGAAAGGAAAGAAUCACAUGCCAUCUUUACCUCCUUGGAGAGAAGGUAAGGAGAUAAAUGUUUAUACAUGCACAUGCAUGCACACACAACCAGGAAACACUAGUGUAAAAGUUUAGGAUUACAGUGUUUAAAAUAAUUCAAGUUUAAGAAUCGACUUAGUUUUAACAUUCUUACCACUUUCCUAAUGAAUUCAUCAUGAAUGGAUUCUUCCACAAAGAGUCUACCAGCCGCAAUGCAGUUCUCCCCUUUGUUAAAGAAAACUGCCCCCAUGCCCUACAUCAGAAGAGAAAGAAAAUUCCAUGAUAGUGUUUUUGGUUACCUUGAAGUAUUAUCCCUUAGCUUCUACCGCCCCAACACAACUCCACCAUAACCCCACUUUGCAUGAAUCAAUGGGGAAGUAAAUGGGUUGAGUUCAAUAUGGGGUUAUUGUGGCACAAGUCCCUCUGUCUAAAGUGUUUUAGGGCUUUCCCUUUAGACAAAAGACUGGAAAAAUUUAAAGCUCAAGGGGCAGCAUCAAGGCUAGUCUUGCAUGAGGGGAAGACACUUAUAGCCCUAAAUGGCUUAGGACCAAGAUAGUUGAAGGACCUCUAUCACGAAUCUGCCCAACCCAUGAGAACAUCUUGAGUGUGUCUCCUCCCACUGCAGGUGCAUUGGGUGGCCAUGCAAGGGACAGUUUUCUCAGUGGCUGCUCCUGUCCUGUGAAACUCCCUAGGCUGGCAGGCCUGCCUGGCCCCCAAUUCAGAGAGUUUCAGUGGCUAGCAAAAACCCAUUUUUUCCAGCUGGCAUCCCCUAAGCAUGCCUGAUGUUUGCUUUUGUUUUUUCUUCUCUGUUCAGUAUCCCUCAUGACUCUUAUUGUGUUUUCUAUUGUACAUUAUUGUUUUCAGUUAUGUAAGCUGUCUUGAGUUGCAAGACACAAAAAUUGGAAAUAAAUAAGAGGAAGGGGUGGUUUUUGCCAGCCUCCUCCCUCUGUAACUCCCUGUGUCCCUUCCCCAACAAUAUGUCCCUGAGGAUUGGGGGACUCUCAGGGAUAUAUUCUCAGAGAUGUAGGGGACUGCAAGGGGAAGGUGCAUUAAUAAAUAUAGCCCCUCCCUUCUUGAAUCUUCUGUUCAUGCAAAUCCUAAUUGGAUGCAGCCCAAGAUUUUUACUUUAUAAUACCCUAAUAAGUAAUAGUUCUAACAAACAAAUAAUAAACAAACAAAAGAAUUCUAUCUUAAAAUGUGCCGUUGAGUUGGUGUCGACUCCUGGUGACCACGGAGCCCUGUGGUUGCCUUUUGGUAGAAUACAGGAGGGGUUUACCAUUGCCAUCUCCUGCACAGUAUGAGAUGAUGCCUUUCAGCAUCUUCCUAUAUUGCUGCUGCCUGAUAUACUGUAGGUGUUUCCCAUAGUCUGGGGAACAUACCAGCUGGAAAUCGAACCAGCAACCUCCAGCUUGCUAAUCAAGUCAUUUCCCAUCUUACCCAAACUAUAACACACUAUUUACAUUAUAAUAGAAGCAGAGGUCUUUCCCCCCCUUUUGGUUUUAUCCAAUGCAUUUUUUUGGGGGGAGGGGAAUAGUAAUCCAAUAAUGAUAAGAGAUUAUAUGCAAUAAGAAUCACCAUUCCCACUGUGAAUUCCUUAGAGAAUGGCUGUAACAAAACACAACAUCCUUCUGCUAGCCUGCACAGGCUAGCAACAGUGCGGCAGUGUGUUGUUUUUUUUCAGAGAGUAAGGACAGAUAUAUAUUUAUCCAGACAAGUGACUUUGCAGUUCCCAUAGAGAUGACCCUUCUAAGGGCUGAAUAGGUAAAGGUAGGUAAAACCACUUCCACACACGAGAAGAACAGAUGAUAUGGGUCACUAUAUAUUUAGGGACCCUCUUUGUCUCUGGACUCUCUUCUAAAUUCUCCUCAGCUGCUCUCUCUUCAACUGCCUUUCCCCCCAACAUUCUAUAAUCCCCACCCCUUCCCUCUGGCUGAAUUCAGCAAGCUGAUUUACCUACCACUUGUGGGGCACAGAGUGUGGGGAACCACACACUUUCUUAGGAACAUAGGAAGCUGCCAUAUACUGAGUCAGACCAUUGGUCCAUCUAGCUCAGUGUUGUCUUCACAGACUGGCAGCAGCUUCUCCAAGGUUGCAGGCAGGAAUCUCUCUCAGGCCUAUCUUGGAGAAGCCAGGGAGGGAACUUGGAACCUUCUGCUCUUCCCAGAGUGGCUCCAUCCCCUGAGGGGAAUAUCUUACAGUGCUCACACUUCUAGUCUCCCAUUCAUAUGCAACCAGGGUGGACCCUGCUUAGCUAAGGGGACAAUUCAUGCUUGCUAACACAAGACCAGCUCUCCUUCUUCUACUCAAUUCCCCACCCCCUGUCUUUUCAAGAUGCAGGGAGCAGGACAAGUGGCAGGAGGAGGAAUGACAUGGUGGCACUACUGCCACUGCUAAGGACAAUCACAUGGUAUGGCGUAGCGAGGCAGGUAGAAAGGUGGUGGAAGGCAUCCCUUACCACCACCUCUGCUAGUCCACUGCCUGAGGUGGCUACCUCUCCACACCUCAUUAGUAGGCCAGCCCUGGGGAAUGGCUAGACUGACAAACCUGCUACAUCAGGGCUGCACAACUUCGGCCAUCCUGCAGAUGUUAAAAACUCCCAUCAACCCUGACUAUUGGCCACUGGCUGGAGAUGAUCGGGGGUUAUAAUUUAAAAACAGCUGGAGGAUCAAAGUUAUGCAGCCUUGCCCUGCAUCGUGAAUGGUACAAAUCAUACCAGGAGUUAAGAGAAUGUAUAUUAAAUGGAGUAUAUCUAUUUGUUUCUUCAGGCCAAUUCUUGUAAUUGUUUUUUGUAAUUGCAAAUUGUUGUAAUGUGUUAACUUUUUCGCUGUCAUUUAUUUUAACUAAUGUUUUUAAUUUCCUGUUGUCAUUUAUUUUGUUUUGCUGUAAACUGCCCAGAGACAUAUGUUCUGGGCGGUAUAAAAAUAUGUUAAAUAAAUCAAUCAAUCUGA